GUCCACAUUAAAUUUGCUUCAGUCACCGGUGUCAUUUUACAGAGUCAAGAUGAAGUAUUUAUUUCCUCUGUUGUUAUUGUUUGUAUUUGACUUGUGUGAGGGGAGAGUGGCACAGCAGACAGAAACUAUUGUCGUGCCUGAGAGCAGUGAUGUGAAGAAUCCGCCGUUGAAGUUCGAAUGCAAAUUCCGCACAUUGCAAGGUGGUGAUGCCUAUCCUUCGGUGGUGGUGCGCUGGAAUGGACAAAUUCAGAGGAUGACUUGGAAUUCUGCUGGUGAAGUGACGUAUGAACAGAACUAUGUGUACCCAGUUGCUUUCCACGUCUACCCGAGUUCUGGUGGUCUUUCGGGAGGAUCCAGUUCUGCGCCAACUGAUCCGUUCUUCGAUGCGCCUGUGAUUUCUGAUGCUUACACUUUUGAUGAUAUUGUAGCGUCGUUCAAGAGCAAUUGUGUUCGGCCUUAUUAAAUAAUGUUUUUGUGCAAUAAAAUUGAUAACUGUU